GCGACCGGCCGCGGCAGUGUAUAAUUCGCCCCGCGACGACUAGCGCGCGCGUUUCCCCCGCGUGACCGUUGUGCUCUUCGCGCGCACCACACACGAUUAUUGCUACAACAACAACAACAACAACUGUUACUAUACCGCCGCUACCACUACCGUAUUCUAACUCUGUGUAAUAGCGGUGCCGGUAACCAGCUCGCCGCGGAUCAGUGUACUACCGCGAGUCGGCCCGUGUGCGCGUACGCCGCUCUUGUGAACCACCGUCCGUAGCGGCAAAAUAGAGGAGGAAAAAAAUUAGAUUAAAUAGCUAAUUCCGAAAUCGAAUUCGCGUCGAUAACACGUGAGACUCGACCCGCGCGUGUCGGCGCGUUUGAUAUCGCUCCGAUCUUAUCGUAUACACACGGUUAGGUACCUACGCGUAUCGCCGUCGUCAUCGUUAUUAGAGGUACCUAUACCUAUAUUGACUAUUAAUUAUUAUAUUAUUAUCGAUUUAAUAUUAUUAAACAGUAUUAUAAUCACGAAUAGUUGUGCGAAAAUCAAAGGUGCGGUCGGUUCGAUUUUAUUUUUUUUUUACCGCGUCUUAUCGUUUUGCCGCCCGAUUAAAACGCGUUAUUAAUAUCAUUAUUGUUGUCGUCGUCUUCAUCCGUCGAUCCGUCUUUACUUCUCGUUGAUCCCGAUAAAUCAUCGUUAUUAGCUGAUCGUUGCAUUCCGUUCGAUGAUGGCCGUUCGGACGCCGGCGCCGAACAAACCGCCGGCGUAAAGCCCAGACGGGAGUUUCGCCAAAGUCGAGUCACUCUAACACCCCCCUUCGCUUGACGAAGUCGGGCGAAAGAAAUCGCAACAGUCACCUACACAUGAUGAACACGGCGGCAGCGGUGGCGAUUUCGGUGCUGCUACUGCACUCGACCACGAUCGGUUUUGUGACUCCAGUCGAGGUGCAUUUUGACAACCCGGACGGAGGUUUCUUCGUCCGACACCCCAUCGGUAGCGGUCCUGGCAACAACCGGCAACAACAACAACAACAAUUGGGUGGCGCUGACAAUGACGACAACGACAACGACGCCAGCGGCGGGGCCGUGCUCAGCGUGGACAGAUUUACCGUAUUGCAGGACGUACCGCAGACGUCGAUCAGGGCCAGUUACGGGCCGUUCUCCACCAAGCAAACAGUGCCGUCGCGUUACCUGAUACCGGAUCCGAACUCGGCCGGCAUGUCCGGCGGCGUUAACGGUUCCGGUUUGUCGACGGGCUACUCGUCGACCGUGGACAUAUCGUCGAUGGACGUGUCCGCGCACUUGGUUCAAAGGCGCGUGUAUCGCGAAAACCCGGUGGUCAGGACGUUGUUCCACGUCGGCUACAGCGUCGUCAGAUCGCAGUCGGGUGGUUCCGGUCCGCCUCCUUCGAUGGCGAUGUCCGCCGGUGACGCGACUGGCGGUGGCGGUUCCUCGCGGUCCGCUUCCGGUCCGUCUUCGUACGGUAAACUGUGUGCGGUGGCCAAGGCCACGUUCGAGGGAGCCGAGCGGCCGGUCACCGCCGCGUGCAAGCCCGACCCCAAGGACGGCGUGUGCACCGCCCGGCUGGUGUUGCCAGCCAAGUGGUGGCCGCCGCUGAACCCGCCGGACGCCAAGCCGGUCAAGACGCCACAGCGGUACGUGCAGAUAUCUUACGCCCUCCUCGAGUCCGACCACCGGUGCAGCCAGUCGGACGUGCAGCUCCAGCCGUUCACGUACAUCGGACAGGCGGCGCUGGAUCACGCCCAGCACCCGUACAAGGAGCUCAAGACGGACGCGUACCUGUUGACGCUCGUCCCGUCCGCGCCACUCUAUCCCAAGUCGUUUACGUACGUACCGGUGUUCUUCGACGCCGGGCCCAAGGAGCAGAACAUCAAAGGAUUUAUACUCAGGGCGAAAGUCAAGAACGGCCUGCGAGUUUUGAGCGCCGAGAACAGCGACCCGGACCGGUGGACCAUCAACUACACGUCGAAUCCCAGGGGCACACAGAUCACGGUAACGGCCGUGCACAAGGGACUGCCGUCGACCGUCGCCGGGUCCGCUUGGCCCAACUCCCGGUACGAAGAGGUAUUGCAGUGGCUGUUGCAGGUGGACUCGGAGGCCGAGGACGUGUGGGAGGAAGGUCGGGUUGUUUGGACGGUGCAGUACGUCAUGGAGGCGGCUGGCAACGCGACAAACUGGACGUCGGCCGCCGCCGCCGUCCAGGGAAGCCAGCCCAAGGUAGACCGUCACCGCGCCGCUUACAAACAUCAUCGGCGGCAAGCGGCCGUGCUGGCGGGACACCGGAGGACGGCCCGGCUAUCCAGGGCCGCCACAAAGAUGCUCUACCUGGACGGUGUCAACGGCGUGUUGGACGGCGUCAAGCGCAAGAUUUCCGCCCGAUUCGAGAUACACAAGGACGACACCGAAGCCGUACUACCCAUAUCCAAGAACUGGGAAAUAAUCAACACGGCCGUAUUGACUGGAAAGCAGAUAUCGCACGCGAUGAAAGUGUUCGUUGUCAGCUACGCGGGCAAAAUAUCCGACGUCACCCGGCAGUCCGUGUGUCAGAUUGAGGACGACAGCGUUCUUAAAGUAACAUCGUCGUGCAGUUCGGUGUACGUGGACGGAUCUGAAAUCCGGGGCUCGUCCAAUGCUACGGUGAUUGUCAAGUAUGAAUCGUAUACAGGUACGGCACAUUUCAUCGUGUGGGUUCCAGAAAUCAAUGAAAUGGACCUAACCAUUGCCGACCAAAAACUUAACCAGAUCAAAGGCUGGAGGGUGCCUGUAAGCCUGGAAGCCGACGACGACAUGGACGAUUACGUCAACAAAUUGAAAAGGUCUGCCGAAGGCAAGGGUGGCGGUCACAUGAAAUCUCCGAUGUCUGAUGGCGAUUUCCGGUUAAACGAAAUGAUCACCGAGGAUAUGGUAGCCGAUGCAUAUGACAGGAAGACCAGCUGCCAGUUGAGAUUUCAACAGACGUCGGUCGAGAUAUACGCCAGGUUCAAGGCGACCGACCACGACUCGGGCCGAGUGAGCUACUUCGUGAACCGCCGGACGUGGUUAAAAGUGACCGAUCUGUUGCUGCAUUACCUGCGGUCGUCGGAUCCAAGGGUGGCGUCCAUCACCGGGCAAAUCGUUCGCGGACACAACGCCGGUCGGACCGAGGUGCAGGUUAUCUCGGCGCUAUCCGGCCACGUGCUCGUGUCGAAGGAGAUCCGUGUGGUCAGCGACAAGGUGAGCGUGGCCCGGCUAGCGGUGAACGUCGUGUCCGGACUACAGCUGAACAUCCGGCCGGACGCGGCCGUGGACAACAACUACAUAGCCGAGACGUCCGUGACCAGGAAGCUGACGGCCAAGUACCAGGAGGGCCUGCUGGACAUCGACCUGUGGUUCACGGACGACACGCGCACGCCCCUCCGGUCGGUGGCCAUGUCCGACUACGCACUCCGCGUCGAGUCCACCAACCCCGACGUGGUGGCAUUCGCCCCCAUGGCUGCCUCGCCGCACCCACGGGUCAUAGCCGUCGGUUCUGGUAAGGGUCAGCUACUCCGAGUGUCCUUCGGUCCGCCCGACGUUUGCGGCAAACACGAGCCGAUCGGCGGAGGCCGGAAAACCGUCCUGCCGACAACUCUCAGCGAAACGGCGGCCGAAGUCCAGGUGGACUUUUCUUCGUCUCCGUACUCGGUCGAACAGUUCGUGCAGAACGACGGCGGCGGCGGCAGUGGCGUGCUGAACGUGGGACCACCCCGCGACAAAAAAGAUCACAAUAAGGACUCGACGGGAAUGGCCGGCAUCAGGGACGAAAACAACGAUGAACCCACAGUGCAAGCUCGGCAACACAACAAUAACAAUAAUAAUCAAAACAACAUUAUCAACCACAGCAACAACGGUAUUGGGAGCACAACCGUGCACGCCCAUAAAGUACCCGCUCAUGUGAGUCCAUUUGAACUUGGCUUGUAUACCCUGUUGGCGGCUCUUUGUUUCGCCAUCGUGGCGUUUGUCAUAUCGUGCGUCGUCUACGCAUCCAAAUACAAACAGAACUCGUUGGAAAUGCCCACUACCACCUUAAUGACAAAAUCGUUUAUGGGUAACAUGAACGGGGCUAAGGACGGUGGUGGAGGUAUUGGUGGAGGUAGUACCAAACCUUUAUCAGAUGAACCGACUAUGAACGCCCAUGAUUGGGUGUGGCUAGGCAGAUCUACGUUAGAACGUUCGUCCGGUAUGCUGGUACCAUCCAUGGGUAACAAAUCACACAACAACAACAAUAACAACAACCAAAUCAAUGAGCACAAUAUGAGAAUUAUGUCAAAUCCCAUUUACGGUGUGGACAACAAUGGUACUGAUAACAGUGGUAACCAACAACAGCAACAGCAGGUUUGCAGUAGAAAUCCUCCUCCGCAGAUCAAUACUUCCACGUACAGCGUUAAGGACCGGCUGUCCAAUGGCAAUAUCGUUUUCAAUAAACUAUGGAAAGUACUUCCAACACCAAAUGACCAGAACCUAGAGAAACCCGCUGACUACAGGCCACCAGUGCCGCCUCACAGGACGCAAUUGAACAACGUGGACAACAUGAUGAUAGGAGACAAUGACAAUGACGAACAAGCGCCACCACCUCCAAAACGGCAACACCAUCACCACCAUCAUCAUCAUCGCAAUCGCAGUCAAGGUGGUGGUAGAUCCUCGUCGGUCGCUGGUAAUCAUAACAAUCCUAAACUGCCGGAGAGGAAUUCUGACCCACUAUUCGUAGAAACCUGUAACCGGAGAUCAAUGGACGUGAAACGAGCGGCAAUCAUCGGGAACCCGAUGUUUGCCUUUGAUCCUGCAUCCGCGGAUCAGAAGCAUCAGAACGCUGGCGCCAGUGACACUAUCAAACUCGACGACCUCAACCUUGGCAUGGACUAUAAACAGCUGAUGGAGUACUUUGACAACCUGAAAGAGUCAAACGCUUAAUUCGUCGUGGCCAACCUCAUACCUAUGUCGUUUUGCACACCCUCCCCUAUUACGAGUAACCAGCAACCAUAUACGCGCUCACACACCACCGCAGUGAACCUACAAGUGGCCCAUUUGCCUAACUCCCAUCCUCGCUCCCGGUUCCCUCACUACUCCUGUCACUUAUCUUAUUGUCGCACAUAAAAAGUCAAUUAAUUCAAAGGUUAUUGUUGUAUGCGUAUGAACUAUAUACACAAUAAAUGUCUAUUCAUACGCUCUAUAGUAUAGUUCACACCAAAAAGUAUAAAUCGGAAGCUUCAGUAUUAUAUUGAAAAAAAGCGAUGAAAAUAAUGUUAACUAUUCUCACGCUUACGGUUGUGAGGUGAAUUGUAAUCCAAAUUUCUACGAUGAACAUUUUAAUUUAGGUUGUUUCCGGUUGUUGAAAGCACGACGGUACCUAAUGACCCAAUUAUUAUAAUUAUUAUAUAAACACGAUAUCUAUAGUUGAUACAUUAUUAGCUUUUGCUACUAAAUGUAUCAUCUGAAAUUUCUUUCUAAAAUAAACCUAAUUUAUUUAAAUUUAUAUACAAAAUAUAAUUAUGUAUUGAUGUUUUGAACUAUAUAUUUAAAAUUUAUUUCUCGGACUUACAUAAUGAAAAAAAAUAAUAAUAAUUAACUUCUAGACUAUAAUACUAUAUUAAAUGUAUUCAAAUAAGCUUGUAUAGUCUCUCUCUAUAAUACGUUUACACAAAAAUAUUAGUUCCUUAACCUAAAUCAUUGUUAUAAAUAUUAGAAUCGCAAUGAUAUCACAGAUAGAAAAAUAAUAAAAUAAAAAUAGAUAAUUCGUGUUACAUCUGUGCUAAAUGAUACCUUCGUUAUUUCCUAUAUUUUAUAUUAUGUACGACAAUUAUUGCCACUGUUAAUAAUAAUUAAGUUUCCAAUUUCGCUCUACACGUGUUUAUCUAAAUGUUCCUAAUUUAUUGUAUCACUAUUUUGAUAAUAUUAUUUAAGCAAUUUCCCUUUUAAAUCAAUAUUAUCAUUAAUCUAAACAUUUUUGUUAAAUUUAAUUGUUGAUUAUUUUUAAUUUUUUAGUCUGAUACCUAUUAUCGCUUGCAACAUUAUUUUAUAUACUUUUGUACAUAAUAUUCAAACUUAACAAUGUUUUUCAAUACCUUUUAAUAUCAAAUACUACAUUUAAUAUUUUAAUGACUAGUUCAACAAUAUUGUAACUUGUACAUUUAUAUGUUAUGUAUGUAGUUUUUGUUUUUUUAAACAAUAAUGGUAUUCCAUAAUGAAUUGUCCCCUUAAACUAAACAGUUACCACAAAUAUUAUAAUAUAUUUAAACAAUGCCUAAUCACAAAUAAUUAUAAAAAAUAUAUUAAACUAAAGUCCCAUACAUUAAUGGUGAACAUUUAUACGCACAUAUUCUACAAUAUUCUAAUUUACUUAAAUAUGUAAUUUAGUCAAAAGUUUAUUAUUUUUAAUUUCUCAGUGUCAUUUAUAAAAAAAAAAAAAACAUUUGUGACAGUACAAUGGUAUUAUUUUUUUCAUUUUUUUCUCUGUGAUAAUGUAAAUAAUAUAAUUUUGUUGGACAGACUUGUAUUGCAGAUUUUCGAGCAUAACUUCAUCACACUAUUAAAUAUAAACACUAUAUUAAACUAUUAAAACAUAUUUGAAAAAUUGAAUAUUUGAAUACCUAUUGUUUCAGUAGGUGUUGCCCAGUGCGUAUGUAUGUACAUUGUGCAAUAGUACUAAUACCAAAUUUAAGUAUGUUUAGGUACUUGUUUUACUUACAAAAACAUUUUGGGAAAAAACAGUUUCUCAAAGCUAAUCAAAAAUCAUACAGCCGUCCAUAUAUUAUACAUGUUAUGCAAUUCUUAAUUAACAAUAUCACGACAUUCGAGGGCUACCCGUUUGGACCGUAUUAGUUUAAAAAAUAAUUAUAGUUUAUUAAUAAGUUUAAAAAUAAACACUAAUCAUUUAAAUGUUUUAAACUUAUAUAGUGCAAACACUGCAAACAAACUACCUAUAAAAUAAAAAAAAUACCUAUUAUUUCUAGUCAAAGUAUAUUAUAUUGAUAUUAUAUAUUAUAUUAUAUUAUAAAUGUAUAUUAUGUUUAAGUCGUAGAUCAAGUAGGUUGUAUAAAAAAAUACUAUAUAUAUAUAUAUAUAUUGUUUGCCUUCUUUUUUUGGGACGCAGAAGCUUCCACUAAUAAAUUUUUACCCAUGUUUCAUUUGUUUUGUGUAUAAGUACUUUUGCGGUAAUGAUGAAGCGCAGAAACGUCGUACGCGACCCAAUGAGACUGUUUUUUUUUUAUAUUUAGAAUUAUUUAAGUUUUUAGUAUUUUAGUAUUUUCUUUACCUAUUUCAUUAUUAUUAUUAUUAUUAUUAUGAUUUUUUAAAGUAUAUUUUAUUGCUUUGUAGAGUAUGUUUUGAGUUACGAUAAUUUGACUUUUUCUUUUUUUCCUUUCUAUUUUUCAGUCUGUUUCUUUGUUUUUAUUUUUGAUUAUUUGUUUCCACUUACCUACUUUUCUCCUUUGCAUAAUUCGGUCAAUAAUCUAUUCAAUAAAUGUCAAUGUUUUUGAAUGUUUUACCUUCGUAUGUACCGGGUUGUGAUCUGUAUUGUCCAAUUAUCUCACCAAAAUGAUAAUUUUUAUUAGAUUUUAAAGUAGAAGUAGUAGUUGACACACUACAAUUUAAGUAUUGUUAUGUUGAUGUGAGCAGAUAUUGAUUUUAAAUAAACAAUUUAUUAAACUUA